AUAAUCCAUCAAACACUGACUAAUAUUAACACGAAUACCUGCAUAAUAGAAUAAUUCAUAACAGAUUAGAGUCUGCCUGUCAUCACAUUAAAGUCGCGCAAUGAAUGUGACUGAUUAACAGAAUAAAGGCAUCUAAAAGAACUGGGGGAUACUGCAUCAUGUCACGCGCUCAAUUAUAAUUCAUGAUAAUUAAUGAGAAUAUUAGGUCAUGAUGAAUAAUUAAUGAGCAUAUUAGGACUUGAUGAAUAAUUAAUGAGCAUAUUAGGUCAAUGAAUCUUGAGAUAAGGGACAAAACAUGUCUUUCAUACAAAAGUCAUCUUUAUUUUAAAAAACAAGAAAUUCAUAACAAUAAAAUACUGGAAAAGUUAAAUCUAAAGGAAAUGUGUAUACUCAGGGCAUUUUUUUAAAUGCAUGCUCUAUACUUGGAAGCACAUGUAACUUAACCUGUUCUCAGCAAGAGGUCCAAUGUUAAACUGCUGAACAAAGUGUUUAAAAAUGCAACAAAUUAAUAAAUAUAUCAAAUGAAAGGUAGGGAUCUGUAAGAUAUCAAACAAUACAUUAAGAAAAUUUUAAAUGAUAUUUUCCAUAAAAAACUGCCUAGCAAAUUUGUGUCCUCACUUUGCGUCAACUCUGUCAGAUUGUUUUUUAAUCCUGAAUAAAUCAGAAAAUGAUCAUGGGGGCCUGGGUAGCUCAGUGGUAAAAUAUGCUGGCUACCACCCCCUGGAGUUUGCUAGCUCGCUAGUUCGAAUCCAGGGUGUGCUGAGUGACUCCAGCCAGGUCUCCUAAGCAACCAAAGUGGCCCGGUUGCUAGGGAGGGUAGAGUCACAUGGGGUAACCUUGUGGUCGCUAUAAUGUGGUUCUCGCUCUCGGUGGGGUGCGUGGUGAAUUGUGUGGAGAAUAGCGUGAAGCCUCCACACGCACUACAUCUCCGCGGUAACGCACUCAACAAGCCACAUGAUAAAGAGGCACGGAUUGACGGUCUCAGACGUGGAGGCAACUGAGAUUCGUCCUCCGCCACCCGGAUUGAGGCGAGUUACUACGCCACCACGAGGACUUGGAGUGCACUGGGAAUUGGGCAUUCCACAUUGGGAGAAAAGAAAAAAAAAAAAAAAAUGUCCCGAGUACCCCUUUCACACUUCCUGCUCAUGGUGGAUGCAACAGUAGGACACGUGGUCUGGUAUAACCCAGAGAAUCUGUCCACACUGGAGCGAUAUGUGGACACACAGGCCAGAGAAAAUGCUUAUGACCUGGAGGCAAAUCUGGCUGUUCUCAAACUGUACCAGUUUAACCCAGCAUACUUCCAGACCACAGUAACAGCACAGAUUCUGCUGAAGGCGUUGACCAAUCUCCCACACACAGACUUCACAUUGUGCAAGUGCAUGAUCGACCAAACACACCAAGAGGAGCGGCCGAUAAGACAGAUCCUGUAUCUCGGCAACCUGCUGGAGACGUGUCACUUCCAGAGCUUCUGGACCAGUCUAGAGGAGAAUCGAGAAUUAAUUGAUGGAAUCACAGGAUUUGAAGACUCUGUGCGGAAAUUCAUCUGUCAUGUGGUGGGCAUCACGUAUCAGAACAUUGAGUACGGGCUGCUGGCAGAGAUGUUGGGAGACCCUCUGGACAUGCAGGUGAAGGUUUGGAUGAAUAAAUACGGUUGGACGGAGAAUGAGGAUGGACAGAUAUUCAUUCAUUAUCAGGAGGAGAGCGUCAAACCCAAGAACAUUGUGGAGAAAAUCGACUUUGAGAGUGUGUCCAGCAUUAUGGCUACAUCAAAGUGAACACACACAAACACACACACACACACACACACACACUGUUUCUCAACUGACUGAUUUUUUUCAAUAAAUACAUUUCAAUGAAGAACGGUGGAGUGAUAUUUUUCCUGUCAAUAUUUACACUGCCAAUCUGCCAUUUAUUUGCGUUUUCUGCACUGAUUUUGGGCGUAAUGUGUGAAAUUCUGCAAUACAGAUCUGAAUAGAUGUGUGCGUAUCUGUCAGUGGACGGGGCUUCACGUGAGACUGAGAAUUUAAGAAACAAGGACAGGGUUUUCUACAGCAUUAAAAGUUUCAGCAAAUGCAAUGACAUUCGUGUUGUGUUCGGUGCUUCAUAAGUGCUAUUUACGCUUUUCAUCUUCUCGUAGCAUUUGUAUUUCACGUGAUUGUCACGUGCGCUAUGAUUGAGUCCAGCAGGCUUAACGGUAUUUGUGCUGCAGAGACAGGAGACCGCAGAGAGGGAUUGCGCUACUCAAUCCGGCUUCUCGAUAUCGUGGCGCAGACCAGAAAACUUACAUAACCCAUUUGAAUUCUUCUGUGUUUUUUACUUUAAAGUGUUACAGAGGAAGUCAAACAUCUCAAACAGCUAGACAGCCCAACAUUCUAACCACCACUGAUGAGGAAAACAGCUAAAACAAUGUGUGAUGUACCAAAAUAAAGAGUUUUUUGGGGGGG